UUUCAGGAGAACUCACGGUCAACGGAACCUUCGAUUUAGUCCAGACAAAAGAAUUUAAAAAUAAAUUGAAAAUGAGAAAAAUGAGAGUAUGAGAUCUAUCCCACGUUCAGGAGGAGCUAGCAGCAGAUAGCAUCAAUUCGAUCCAUUCUUCCUUAAUUUCCACACCAUUAAUCACAAUCUUUAUUUUAGUCAUCUUCAUUGAAUCUCGAAAUUCCAAUCAUUGGAACCAAUUUUUACAAUCUUUCCUCUUUUCCUUUUCAGAUUUUUGGAAAAUUGGUAGAAAAUGGUGAAAGAAACGGGGUACUAUGAUUUACUAGGAGUAAGUGUUGAUGCUUCGCCAACGGAUAUUAAGAAGGCUUACUAUGUCAAGGCAAGGAUUGUUCAUCCUGAUAAAAAUCCUGGAGAUCCUCAAGCUGCGCAAAAGUUUCAGGAACUUGGUGAGGCUUAUCAAGUAUUAAGUGAUCCUGAAAAACGAGAGGCAUAUGACAAGUUUGGAAGGACAGGUGUGCCACAGGAUUCCAUGGUAGAUCCAGCAGCAGUAUUUGGAAUGCUUUUUGGAAGUGACUAUUUUGAAGAUUAUAUUGGCCAACUUGCAUUAGCAUCUAUAGCAGCUUUUGAGUAUGAAGAAGACACUCAGCUACCUCCGGAACUUGUGAAGCAGAAAAUACAGGAAAAGAUGAAGACGAUGCAGCAGGAAAGGCAGGAAAAACUCAUAGGGACCCUAAAAGAUCGUCUUCAACCAUAUGUUGAUGGUCGUAUCGAUGAGUUUGUGGAUUGGGCAAAAUCAGAAGCUUCUAAUCUCUCCAAAGCUGUUUUUGGUGAGGCCAUGCUGCACACAAUCGGUUACAUUUAUACAAGACAAGCUGCCAAAGAACUUGGAAAGGACAAAAAAUUCUUCAAAGUACCCUUUUUAGCUGAAUGGGUGCGUGACAAAGGACACCAGAUAAAGUCACAAGUAAUGGCAGCUUCGGGAGCUGUGUCAUUAAUUCAAAUACAAGAGGAUAUAAAGCGGUUGAGUCAAGGAGAAAACAAAGAAGAAACCUUGAUGAAAGCCAUGGAAGAGAAGAAAGAUGCCAUGCUUCAUUCCCUAUGGCAGCUCAAUGUCAUUGAUAUAGAGACAACCUUAUCACGUGUUUGCCAAGCAGUUCUCAAGGAUAAUACUGUUUCCAAGGAUGUUCUCAAGUCACGUGCCAAGGCAUUGAAGAAACUUGGAACCAUAUUUCAAGGUGCCAAGGCUCUGUACAAGAGAGAAAACAGCCUCCGGUGUGAAGGUUUUACCACCGCAGAUACAUCAGGGUCGAAGCAAUCUUGAAUAUCAAUCGACGCUUCUAGUUUGUUGUGUAUGUUGAUAUGAUAUCGUGAACUAUUUGGCAUUUUUACUCAACCAUGUUUACAUAGCAGUUUACUGUAUUCCGAUUGACGUGAUUCUUUCACGGUUGUAGUGUUGUAAUUUUUCGCCUUCAAUUUGGUGUUGUUUACCAAUUACCGCCUUAUAACUCUUGCAGUAUUGAAAUAAUAUGCAUUGACAUGAAAA